ACAACCACGCUCAGCAGCCACAGCAACGGCAAUGGGGGAGGCAACUGAAGAAAAGAAAGGAUGCGUCGGCGGGAGCAAAGAAGGGGCAAAUUUGUUGGGAGGUCCGACCUUCUCGGAACUCCCAAACGGAAGGCUCAAGUGCGUUGAAACUGGGCACGAGAUGGUUGUGAAAGACAAGGAUUCCUAUGCUCAGAGCAAACGCUGUCGUUUAGGCCUCAUCGACUUUGCUUUAUCUCACUCCAAGCCCCCUCUCAACAUGUUCAAACAAGACCCUCUUUCCCGUUCGAAGUUGAUUUGUAAACUAACUGGUCAUACCGUUAAUAAGUCUGAGGAACAUAUUUGGAAGCAUAUCAAUGGGAAACGAUUUCUCAAUAAAUUAGAACAAAAGGAAAUGGAGACGGUGCUAACCGAUGAAACCAUGGCUGAGGAAGGUGAGAAGAAGCCAAAGAAAGAAAAAAAGAAGCAGAAGAAGAAGAAGGAAAAGGUGGUUGAAGAAAUUAUCUCUGAAGUUAGGGAUUCAGUUGAAAAUGAAAGUGAUUCCGAGGAACAUGAGUUCUGGAUUCCUCCCGUAGGCGACCGUUGGGACUUUGAUGACGGAGGGGAUCGAUGGGGUUCUGGUUCAGAGCCAGAUGAAAGUGAUGAUGAAGACGAAGCAGUUCUUCCAUCAGAGGACGUAGCCAAAGAAUCCGGGAAGGAGUCCAAAGAGCUUUCUACACGAGCAAAGAGAAUGUCCAUAGAUAUUGGACCGAGCAGUUUUGCAUCGAGGAAGAAGAAGAGUCGGAAGAACACAAGCUAAGUUGCACUUAUGCCUUCUAAAAACAAGUAAUUUGCUUGUAAUUCGUCAACUGUUCUUUCGGUUUUUGUUUGCAAUUCUAAGUAGCAGUUCCUCUGAAUCUUAGAGGUCACAUUUUGAGGCUGAUUACAUGAACAAACUCCAGGGUUAUGUUUCUCUCUAUAAACUAUAAAGCACAUACAUUUCUUGCA